AGCCUACAGGAGUACUUGGCAGCUUGGCACUUGGCUAAAAGCUACAGCAUUGAGUUUCAGGUCGCUUAUCAUGGGCUGGCUGUAGAUAAAAGAGCUUCUGUGGAGUACAAAGGUGAUAACAAAGAGGAAGAGACUCUCCUAUCAUCACUAGAGCGACUAGGGCAGUCACUAGUAGAACCAGCCAUAUUCCUGGCUGGUAUCACUGGCUUGAGAUGCCAGUCAGAGGAUGACAGGAACCACUGGAAAAUUUAUGUCAGUCAUGACACUGCGAAUGUUAAAGAUCUCAGUGUGUUGAUACGCUCCCUUUAUGAGGCUCAAAACCCCAAUAUUAUAUCUCACUAUUUUGCAGCUGAAAAGAGCAUUGUUUCUAGGAGGGAAGUGAGCAUUAAUGCACCAUAUUAUCCUAAUUCUUCAGUUACUCGAACACCAUAUGAUACCUAUGCAAUUUCGUAUUGUCUAGCACAUUCCUCAGAAGAGUUCAGCCUGUUUUACAUGCCUGGCAAUAGUGGUGUUAUCCACGAGGUUACACUGGUGGAAACAUUUGUCAAAGGUCUUGAAGACCACUGCAGCCAAUCAAGCAUGCCAAGAGUAAGAAAUGUUCGCAUGUGCCUUCUUUAUUUGUCUGCCAAGGGUUCAAGUAUUGUGUUAUAUUGGUUCAAGAAAGCAAAGUUUUCCCCUGAAAUCAAAGAAAUUUACCUUGAGUUCCAUGACAACACCAGUGAUGAUGAGGAGGAGUUUUUAAAAUCAAUUGUCAAACUUCAAUCACUUGAGAUACACAUCGAUUCCUUAAGGUGGAUUGGUGCUCUAAAUAACCUCAGAGACUUAAGAGUAUUGCGUGUCUUUACAAGUAAGGAAUGCAGUCUUCCCCCACCUGAAGUUUGCAACUGGUCAGAAGAAUACGGGCUGAUCGGAGGGAAUAAAUUAACA